AUGGCAGAGACCCCCGUCGCAGAGUCUGCGAAUGCGGAACCCGUUCAGUCUAUCGAGACUGACUUGAAGCAAGAAGAUGUCGCUGAUGACAAGUCCGAUGAAGAUGCUGAAGCGGAAGAAGGCGAGGGAGGGGAAGCCCACCAGGGUGUCUCGAGCGAACAGUACAAAGCCCUCAAAAACAUUGCUGAAAUUUUGACGAACUACAGUGUCAAGGUUAAGGGCGACGAUGAGCAUUACCCAUCACUCCUAUUUCGACGGAUUCCCAACCGACGCAAUCUGCCAGACUACCACGAGAUCAUCAAGGAGCCUGUUGCUCUCAGUACACUUAAGGGCAAAAUACAGAGGAAACAGUACACAGGGAUCCCAGAAUUCGUUCGAGAUUUUGCUUUGAUAGUGCACAAUGCACAAGUCUACAAUCUUCCAAACUCUGCCCCUGUGCGUGACGUGCUUGUACUACAAGACGUCUUCAAAGAAGAGUUGAAUAAGCUGGUUAGUGAAGGAUUAGCUAAGGAGGAAGAGACGGAAUUCCCAGACCUGGGAGAGAUUCCUUAUGCGACGCCGGAGCCAGAUCCUGUCUCAGAUGAUGACGAAGACAACGAUGAUGACGGUGAGGACGAUGACGAUGACGACGACGCAGAUGAUUCGGACGAUGACCGGCGAAGAAGACGAGGUCGGCGAGGCGCGAGGCCCAGUAUAUCUGGUCGAAAGAGUCGUGGAGAAGAUGACGACAAACUGGACGAUGGUGACGUUCGCAAGCGAAGAGGGCGACCGCCGAGAGUCGACACUCCGAUGGAAGCUAGAAUCAAGGCUGUAUUGAAAGGUCUUCGCAAGCAGAAAGACACGGCUGGAAAUCCCAAGGUCCGAAAUUUCGAACGACUGCCCGACAAAGCAGAGUACCCCGCUUAUUUUGUGGCCAUAACGGAUCCCAUCGCCCUGGACUCGAUUAAGAAAAAGUCGAAGCGCAAGAAGUAUCAGUCACUGGAACAAUUCAUGAAGGACAUUGACCUGCUAUUCAACAACGCGAAACACUUCAAUGAAGAAGGAAGUGAGAUCUAUAAUGAUGCAGUGGAGUUACAGGCCGAGGCGCACAAACUUCUGGACAUUGAGAAGGCCAAGCCAGACGACGUCUAUCUCCUGGAGGAUGGGAGGCGGCCGUUGCCCUCUGGAAUAUUAUACAAGAACGAACUCUGGAAAGUCGGAGAUUGGAUACAUAUUGCAAAUCCCAACGAUAUCACCAAACCCAUCAUUGCACAAAUCUAUCGAACAUGGGAAGAUUCCGACGGGCAAAAGUGGAUAAAUGCUUGCUGGUAUUAUCGACCAGAGCAAACAAUCCAUCAGCACGAAAAACACUUCUUUCCUAACGAAGUGGUCAAGACUGGUCAGUAUCGAGAUCAUAAGAUCGAAGAAGUCGUCGAUCGGUGCUUUGUCAUGUUUGUGACACGGUACAGCCGUGGUCGACCUCGAGGAGUCGAUCCAAGCAAGGAGGUUUACGUCUGUGAGGCGCGAUACAAUGAAGAGAAACAUCGCUUCAACAAGAUCAAAACAUGGGCCAGUUGCCUACCCGAUGAAGUGAGGGACAAGGACUAUGAGAUGGACCUAUUUGACCAGCCCCGGAGAAUCAAAAAAGUGCCGAGUCCCCUGAAGCAUCUGUUGAAGGACGACAUGAAGGAGACGGAUGAGAUUCCUUCACCACAAUGGGGCCAUCCCAAUGCACCACCGAUUUUGGGCGCCAUCCACAAACAUCCUCGUGAGGAAAAUCAAUCGCCACCACCAGAACCUACACCUCCCCCACCACCGACUCCUCCACAACCCGUACGGCAGCCUUCUCUGACCAGCAUGGCGGCGCAACCAAUCCCUCGCCCAAGCAUGGAUCGGACUCCCAGCGUCAGCGGAAGCUCAACAACCAUCCAGCCUCCAGUAUCCCGACCGUCGCUACCUCCUCAGAUGACUCCAUACCAGCCACAAUCUAUAUCUCCCGCACCAUCGGCUUAUUCACGCCAGCCUUCUUACCCACAAUCUCAGACUCCCAUCCAAGCCGCUCCGACACCAAAGACACCAGCCACCCAGCAACCAACCCCUUACGCAGCGCGCCAGCAAUUGCAUCCUCAGCCUCAUUUGACGGCAUCACACCCUACCAACUACAGUGUUCCUGCUGCGCCACAGUCCUAUCAACGGCCACCGACACAAUCAACACCUGCGUACAAUCAGUACGCGCCUCAGGUGUCAGAACCGCGUGGCUCUGAGGUCUAUGUUCUCUCCAACAUUGCGAACGAGUCCAUUCCUAAACACAUACGUGACAAUUUCCCGCAGGACGACGAAGGCCGAGUUUUGUUUUUCACCAAACCUCCAACUCUGCCUGACCCUGUGGUGCGUGGACGAGAUGGCCAGCCUCUCGCCCAUACAGAAAAGUAUCUUGCCGCCAAGGCCGAGAGAGAUAAGUUGAUUGCUGCCAGGAGGCGUGAGAGAGAGGAAAUGCUAGGAUCAGCCAAGAGACGGCGGAUAGAACCUGUUGUCUGA